GCGAAGGCAACCGAGGCCGGGCAGAGGGCGGUCGAGGCCGUCGACAAACUCAAGAAGCUAAUGAGGCAAGGGAACAAGCUGGCCAGGAACCUCUUCACUCUGCUCGGAGGAAAGGUGGACGCGUGGAAGCAGCAGCAUCCCGAGGUGGUGAUCGUCGACGUCGGGCAGGGAGCGGGGACCAGCGCGGCGCCCGCCUCCGACAGCGAGACGAUGCCCAACUUCUUCGAGGAUCCGGAAGUCCAGGCGAUGCUGGAGGAACUGGUGGAGGCGCAGGUGCUCACCCUCGAGGACGCCCUGGCCAUCAAGAGCUCCAACUACGUCCUGGAGGAGGACUAGGAGGACUAGGAGGAGGAGGAGGAGGAGGAGGAGGAGGAGGAGGAGGAG